CUGACAAACAGUCCCUUAAACGUUCUGUAAAACACAUUGUUGGCGAUGAUGACGAAUUUGAAGAAACUUUAAACGGCGAACAAGAGAAUAAGGAAAAUUCAAACAAGAAUAAGACCGAUAUGGAUGGUUCAAAUUGCUUAAAAAAUGUCACCCAAACAGCACGAGGACCUUGCAGUCCGAUUUUAUUAAUGGGAAAGGCAGCAACACUGUAUACAGUUCGCGCACCACGACUUCCGCAGCGUGGGGCUUAUUUUCCUCCACAGGAAUCUAUUGGAGCACGUAUUUCCAAACGAAGCAGGAGCCAUAUGGGAUUCUUCAACGCAGUCCAACCAGCAACCGUGGCUCCAAAUGUAGCUCCGCCUGCUCAACUGGCCAAGCCACUGGAUGUCACCGCCUACUUCCACCAACUGUCUGCUAAUCUCAUCCAGCAACGCGUCUGCCAGGAGCCUUUUUUGGCCCUGUGCAAGCGCAUAGAUAGCUUGGUGGCCCAAUCCUCAAACGAAUCCAAACGGCUCAAAUUGAAAAAGAAAAUUACAAAGUAAUCAUAAAAUUACAUGGUACAAUUUCUGUAUAAUCAUAAAAUUUCAAAAAUGUAUAU